UGCGGGGCGCCGGGCCGGCCAUGAACGGGCUGUCCGCGGCCGAGACGCCGGGCGGCGCGGGCUGCGCCCUGGCCGGGCUCCCGCCGCUGCCGCGCGGCCUCAGCGGCCUCCUCAACGCCAGCGGGGGCUCGUGGCGGGAGCUGGAGCGCGUCUACAGCCAGCGCAGCCGCAUCCACGACGAGCUGAGCCGCGCCGCGCGCGUUCCGGACGGGGCCCGCCACGCCGCCGGGGCCGCCGCCUCGGGCGCCGCAGCCGGCCCGCGGCGGCCGCUCAACCUGGACUCGGCGCUGGCCGCGCUGCGCAAGGAGAUGGUGGGGCUGCGGCAGCUGGACAUGUCGCUGCUGUGCCAGCUGUGGGGCCUGUACGAGUCCAUCCAGGACUACAAGCACCUGUGCCAGGACCUGAGCUUGUGCCAGGACCUGUCGUCGUCCCUGCACUCGGACAGCUCGUACCCGCCGGACGCGGGCCUGUCCGACGACGAGGAGCCGCCCGACGCCAGCCUGCCCCCCGACCCCCCGCCCCUCACCGUGCCCCAGACUCACAAUGCGCGCGACCAGUGGCUGCAGGACGCCUUCCACAUCGGCCUCUGAGGCUGCCCGGACUCCAGAGCCUGCGCCCCGCACACCGCGCUCGCCUCAGCAGGGCAGGGCGCCGGGCGGGCCCCUGCGCCUCCCGCGCCCCCCGGCCUGCCCGCUCUCACUCCGCGGUGGACCCAACUGUCUGCGCCCCGUGGCAUCUCCAAGACUGGGACGAGGGCCUGGCUGCCGCCUCCUUUGCACCUGCCGCUGCCUCAGGGGCAGCCCGCCUCUGGUCCCUGGGUUCCUCCGGGGCCUCACGCUGGAUGUCUGAGUUUAGGGGCGCAGAUCAAUAAAUCCUCUGGGCGUUG